UGGUCCACCAUUUUUGGGAAAACAUAUGAUGACCGAACAUACAGUACAGUCGACCAGUGUGCGCUGCACGAAACUCGCAUAAUCCUCAUCGAGCAGUCUCGAGCAGUAAGCGGUUGUCAAAGGAGGCCUUGUCAUAACAAAGCAAAAAAAGUUAUCAAUUUCUUAAUCAACAAAACGAAGUGGAAGCAGCGCACAACGGAAUAACAAAGACGUGCAGUGCAAAGAGGCAACGGAGUUAGCAAUAGUGCUAGGGGAUUCUUCCCUGUCGUAGUUUUUUCCCAGAAAGUAGAAGAAAAUCCCACCCAACAAAUCGUCAGCAGAAUUCAGUACAGUUGGUUCGCGGUUUCGAAGGCCACGGAUAGCUUUUGCAGCCCGGGAUACAGAUCCGGAUCUGGUACGAGCGGUAACGACGGACGGUGAGCGGCCGUGCACGGGAUUACAAUGUUUAAGCGGCGAACGAAAUCGCAAAAUCAUCGGUCCCGGUAUCGUUUCCUGCCCGUCGUAGUGCUGAUAGUGCUAGCCCAAUGGUGCCUACUAAAUACAGCCGUCACAGCCGAAUCGACCGAUAUCGAGCUCGAUGCGAAGGCGAACAAAAUCCAUCAGAUCGAUUCACUCAAUCUGUUGCUUUACACCUUCCUGCUAACUUUGACGGUGCUAACGAUAUGGUUGUUCAAACAUCGGCGCGUUUCCUGGCUACACGAGACGGGUCUGGCCGUUAUAUAUGGCCUUAUCGUGGGAGCCAUUAUCCGGUAUGCUGGAACCACUACACCAAUCAUACACGUUUCCGUGGAAGCAGAACCGGAUGCAAAGUUCAACCAAAGCCUCCCACCGGACACACUAUGGCUCAAGUUUCCGGGCAACCUACCGCACGGUUCCGAUCAACCGGUGAAGGCAAACAAAACGUACACGUACAGCUUUCGCGGCGAGCUUGGUAAUGUGGAAGAGAACGAGAUCGAUUUGAAAGCCACCUUUGAUCCGGAAAUCUUUUUCAACAUCAUCCUACCACCGAUCAUCUUCCACGCCGGUUACAGCUUAAAAAGGAAAUACUUCUUCCGUAACCUUGGAGCUAUUUUAAUGUUUGCCAUCAUCGGUACGACACUGUCGGCAUUUUUGAUUGGCGCACUAAUGUACGGAUUCGUGCAGCUGAUGCCAAAGCUAAAGUCCAGCUUCACGUUUCUGGAUACACUAUACUUUGGUGCACUUAUUUCGCCCACGGAUCCACUUACUAUUUUGGCGAUCUUUAGCGAUAUGCACGUGGACGUUAAUCUGUAUGCGCUUGUUUUCGGUGAGAGUGUACUGAAUGAUGCCGUUGCGAUUGUUCUCAGUGGUGCAAUUCAAAACUACGGAGAGCAUUACUCGAGCAAUGGCGAAUUCGAAGGGCGCGCGUUUUUACGAUCGCUGGGCGAUUUUUUCAGCGUGUUUGCCUUUUCACUGCUGAUCGGCGCCUCGAUGGGUUGCGUUACGGCAAUGAUGACCAAGUUCACGCGGAUACGCGACUUUCCACUACUCGAAUCGGCCCUGUUCGUACUGAUGUCGUACAGUACGUUUUUGAUCGCUGAAGCGGCCGAGUUAACGGGAGUUGUUGCGGUACUGUUUUGUGGUAUUUGCCAAGCGCAUUACACGUACAACAAUCUUUCUGACGAUUCCCGGACACGAACGAAACAGAUUUUUGAAUUGCUUAAUUUCUUAGCCGAAAACUUCAUCUUCUCGUACAUCGGUGUAUCGAUGUUUACUUUCCCCAAGCAUCACUUUGAUCCGCUGUUUAUUUUUACUGGUUUUAUGUGUGCGGCUAUUGGGCGUGCUGUAAAUAUUUAUCCCCUUUCAGCUCUUCUAAAUAUUGCUAGAAAGCCAAAGAUUUCGUGGAACUUUCAGCAUAUGUUGUUCUUUGCCGGAUUACGUGGUGCAAUGUCUUUCGCAUUAGCGAUUCGUAACACAGUCUCUGACGCCAGACAGGCAAUGUUAACGACAACGUCGUUAAUUGUUAUUACCACUGUCAUAAUUCAGGGUGGAGCAGCAAACUUUCUACUAAACUGGUUAAAUAUACCUGUUGGUGUUGAUGAUGAAACGGAAGUUUUACCCUACCAAGGAGUACGCAGUGUGUACAAUUCGAUGGAGAACACAGCUGGGUCCAUCGACGUUGGUUUAAAUCUCAGUCAACUGCAGGUGAAUAGACGAGCAAGUUCUUUGGAUUUGGAAAAUCCGGAUAGUGAAGGUGCCACUACUCCUGGAGGCACACGAAGAGGUCACGAAAAAGCUGUUUUAGCACGACUUUGGGGAAAUUUCGAUACGAGGUACAUGAAACCAUUACUGACCCAUUCGCGGCCAACAUUGCUCGAGACGUUACCGGUUUGCUUAAGCCCGUUAGCUCGCUUGCUCACUACAACUGAGCAGCUGACACAGGAUGGUCCGACCCGUCGUUCGGAUUCGGAUUCUGACCUAUGCAUCGAUGAUGACGAUCGUGCUUCGCGCGGCGGUCCCGCUGAUGGUAGCGGUCGCAGGAAUUCAAUCAAUCGCCGACAGCAACAUUCCGAUGCCGCACAUGAAGCUAACGAUGCGAUCAACAUUCUAAGUAGUUUGGGAUCUAAUUUUAUGUAACACCAAACCAAACACAGCUAUAUUCGGUGUGAAACACGGGGGAGAAGUCGGUGUGUGUGUAGUUGGAAAUCUUUUGUACAAAAUCUUAUUUAACAUUUAACAAUCGUUGAGUUAUUGUUUUUGUCGCAUGUAUUUUCGUUUGUUCGUUUUUUUUGUUUCAUUAUAUUUAUAUAAUGUUACCAUAUGUUUACCAUCUUUUCGAAAAUAAUUGGCUUAAUUGUAUUAUUUAUUUUGUUUUGUUUUUCUUCUCGUUUUACUCGACAUCCUUGUCUCGUGUUCGUGUAGCAGAAACGUACUGUUUAAGCUGAUCGGUCCUGUUGUUUUUUUCUGCCUCUAAUUUGUUGAGCAGCAAUGCGCUCAAUAGAAGAGCAAAAACACACAAAAAAAAACAAAAAACUGAGAAAAGAAUUACAACAGCCGUGCUCUACCAAAAUUGGCUGCAUUACCACACGGUUUGCCAUAUGUUUCCUUGGUAUUAUUUAAUAUAAUUUUAAGCUUAUUAUCGGUCCUGUUAUUUAGUAUUUUAAUUCAUUAUUUUAUUAUCCACGGUAUGGGUUUGUUGCAUUGGUUAUUUAGGUUACUAUAGGAGCCAAAAACAACAUGGUAAUUUACAUAUUCAGUUAAGGUUUUAUUUGUUUAAAAAUGUCCCAAAAAUAUGGACAUUUUUUGUCAAACACUACAUGGUUUGCUCAUUAAGUUAAUUCUUUCAUUUAGAAUGAAAUAAACAUUGUUUGGUGUACCAGUUUCUGUUAUUAAACUGAAAGUUUCCACAUCGAUGUGAGUUAACAAAAUUUUGUUGAGUUGAGUCGAGGUUCAAAUAUUUUCUAAAUUUAUUAUAUUUGAUACGUUUAAACGUAAAACUCCUUACUGAAAUUCUUGAACGUAAAAAAAAAUUAAUUAAAAAGUAAUCGUACUUUGGCUAAAUUACAGAAAUUUAUUUCGCUCUCUGUGCACUCCACUGCUAUCGUAUGAUUUUAAUAUGAUUUUUUAAAGAAUCGUUUUUGUUCAUCUUUGGUCGAGCAUAGUUUUGUUGGUGUGAUAUGGUUUCGCUAUACAUUUUAUUUGGUAGAUUUUUAGUUUUUAAUACUUGCUCUACAGUUACCUAGCGCGAAAAGAUGAUAUGCGAAAAAUAUAAAACUUCUGUAAUUCGUCGGUUAUUAGAAGAUACAGUAUAAAGGGAGCUAAUUUUGCUUCAGUGAACGAUUGGGACAAAUAAUGUUCGUUGUACUUAUAGCGUGAAAGACACAGGUUUUAUUAUUCAGUAGUAAAGCGCGAAAGUUCUUGUUAAUUUGUUCAGAUGUCUCAAAGAAUGACGGGUAAGAAUAGAAAUGCUCUACUGGAAUGGCCAAGUAAAAAACACAGGCAGAAACAUUGUUUUAUCUCGUUUAAGUUCCUUAAGUAUUCUGUUAAAUGACCCUUUGUGUGAUGUCCUACCUUAAGCGAAAGUGCGGAUUAGGUUGAAGGAAACAAAAGAUAAUGGUAGAUCUAUAGUUGUUGCGUUUGAAGCUUGCAGUGGGAUAAUCGUUGUAUGGUACAGCUUAAGAUAAAGCUUUGAUGAUCGUCUAGGUGCUGUUGACAGGAUAACAAAGGUGCUAGUUAGACGCUAUAUAGGUACAUUUGUCGAUCAUCAGCUGUACGAUCUACUGAAGUAUAUUAAGUUAAUUCGUACGUACGAGAGUCGCAAAUAUGUGCAUUAAAUACAAUGAUAUUAAAUGAUAAAUAA